GGGACGGAACCGCGGAUUUGCAGUGACGUAACGAAGCACAGGCCAGGAGGGCCAGAAAGCAAACGUUGGCUCCUUAUGACUUUUGGUGAAUUGGUUGGCUAUAUAAAGAAUACACACAUCGGUCCUCUUCUCUUCUUCUCCACGCCCACGGCACAUAUCUCAUCUCAUCUCCACCCGCACCAUGGCAUUGGGUCGACACGUAGACGCUGACAAGCUCAUUGCAGCUUCAAGGGAUCACCCUGCGCACAAGCACACUUCCGCCAGACACGACCUCCACGACAACCCAUUCUUGUCGAGGUACGAUGUGGAGACCGAGUUGCCCAAAUACCGCCUGCCUGACAAGGGUGCGGAUGGAAAGGUCGUCUACCAGAUCCUCCAUGACGAGUUGAUGUUGGAUGGGAACCCCAGCAUGAAUCUUGCUUCAUUCGUCAACACGUGGGCACCUGAUGAGGCUAGAACACUCAUGAUGGAAAACCUCAACAAGAAUCUUGUCGACCAAGACGAGUACCCUGCUGCCCAAGAAAUCCACGAGAGAUGCGUUUCGAUGAUCUCUCACUUGUGGCACGCUCCACCCGAGAACAAGGCCAUGGGAACGGCCACCACUGGAUCUUCCGAAGCUAUCAUGCUUGGAGGAAUGGCUCUCAAGCGAAAAUGGCAAGAGAGAAUGAAGGCCAAGGGUAAAGACAUUCACAACCCUGGUCCCAACAUCGUCAUGGGUGCCGAAGCUCAAGUCGCUCUUGAAAAGUUCGCCAGGUACUUCGAAGUCGAAGCUAGACUCGUCCCCGUCACCAAGGAAAGCAACUAUGCCAUGUCUGCCAAGGACGCCAUGAAGUACGUGGAUGAGAAUACCAUCGGUAUCUUUGUUAUCAUGGGAUCCACCUACACUGGAACGUUUGAAUCUGUCCAGGAGAUGUCUGACGAGUUGGACAAGUACGAGGCCGAGACGGGCAACUAUGUGCCCAUCCAUGUCGAUGCUGCCUCCGGUGGAUUCGUGGCGCCAUUCGUUUACCCCCACUUGACUUGGGACUUUAAGCUCCCCAGGGUUCACAGUAUCAAUACCUCUGGACACAAGUACGGCAUGAGCACUGUCGGUGUCGGUUGGAUCAUCUGGCGUGGUGCCGACUACCUUCCCAAGGAGCUCAUCUUUGAGCUUCACUACCUCGGAGCGACCGACUACUCAUUCAACCUCAACUUCAGUCGACCUGCGCACCCUAUCCUCGCCCAAAUGUUCAACUUCUUGAACCUUGGUUUCGAUGGUUACCGCCGGAUCAUGGUCAACAACUUGUCCAAGGCUCGUCUCAUCUCUCGAGCUCUCGAAGGUACCGGCUGGUACACUUGCGUGUCCAACGUUCACAUCCCCAAGGCCGCCCCUAGCCAGAGCGUUGGAGAAAAGAUUUCUCAAGUCAUUGGUCACGUCGAAAAGAAGACCCCAGCUAUUGAUGGGCCUGAACACUACCUCGAGGGUCUGCCCGUCGUGUCGUUCCGAUUCAGCGACCAGUUCAAGGCUGAAAACCCUGGUAUCAAGCAAUCUUGGAUCCAGUUGCAACUUCGAGGUCUAGGCUGGAUUGUACCAAACUACCCUCUUCCGCCCUCGUGCGAUGACACGGAGAUUCUCCGAGUCGUUGUUCGAGAGUCCCUCUCGGGUGAUUUGGCCCGAAAGCUGAUCGAGGACAUUGUGCAAGUGACUGAGCAGCUCCUCUCGGACCAGGGUCCUUCUCUCUCCAUGUCUACUGCCAACAAGGUCAGGCGAAGCACUGGUCCUGGAUCAGAGGACAGGUCAGAUGGUAUCGACAAAGACCACGCAUCGCAAAACACCAAGACUUGGGCCAAGCCGUGUUAGAGAAGGACGAGGGAGUCAGCGUCUCUGGAUAUUUCAAUAUUGUUUCUAUACCGUUCAUGUCAAACCAGGUACAAAGUGGGAGCCACACAUGCAUGUCCCAAUAGCCUCGUGUG